UGUUUGAAACGAAAUAUAAUAAAAUCACUGCAGCACGCAACACUGCCACAUCAUCAUGAAAAUCAUUAAGAUUGUUGCCGUCAGAGCAACUCUACACAUGCCAAAACUGCACGAAAACUCUCGCACUCUCAUGCUCUCGAAAAAGAGAAUCGAACAUUUACGACAACUAAGCUCACGAACUUGUACGUUGCUGAUCAUUCGUUUUCUGCUGGCUUAAAAAGUGGACGUACGGGAGGUGCAUGACUAGCGAAGCUAGUGCACAGAUUGAGUGUGGAAAAAUCAAAUCUCGGCUCAAAGAAAAAUCAUCAGGUGUCCAACGACUCCGAUUCGACCAUCAAUCGGAAAGACACGCUCAACCCGCAUGGAAAACGGUGAAACGACGCUCACCAGUAUUCCAAAAGAACCCGUCCACACGCACUCGUUGUAGUGCUAGCCAACACUUCGAUUUGCAACCGAACGACGUUCAUCUAAGCCAGCAGAAACAAUUGCCGAAAUAACUUGGACAGAUCGGCAAACCGGUUGGAAAUUACCUGGCCGCGCAUCACGGAGACGAGAAAAUCGAAAGGCUCUCUACGGAGGGCCUUUUGUUCGGAAUCCUCAAGCGUGAUCGCCAUCGGCUACGAAGAGUGUGCGAGAGCAAGAAGCACACUCCAACACCAUUAGCGCUAUCGAAUCGCACGACGGUCACCGAGUCACACACACACGAACAUCCAUGUCAAAGCUCUCAACGAGCGUGCAAUCUCGAGCCGCAAGAUAACGACACAGCUACGGGAGCGGGAGAAGCAACAGGGUGUGACUGUGUUUAGAACAUCAGUGUGAUCACACGCAAGUGAAGGGAGUGAUCGGUGUUGAAUAGCGAGAAAAACGUUUGAGUGUGCGUCGAACCGUACAAGUGGCCGGAGAGCGAUCAGCGUAGUGAAGACCGGCAGGACCGUUGGUGUGUCGGCGUGCAUCCCCGGGUGCAAGUGGUAUCAGGUGAAUGCAUCGCAUAGUGAGGUCGGCUUGCAGUUAGUGGCAGUGUGUGAGUGCAUGUGCAGUUGAAUCUGCUCGAAUAGUGAGCGCUCGAGAAAAGCGCGUUCUGAAAAGCAGUUGAGAAGAGAGAAGAAGAAUAUCAUCAUCAUCGCAUCGAUGCGGGGCCCCGGCAGGUGCAUCAUCAUCAACAGUAUCGGUACAGCAUCGUCAGCAUGUGAGAAAGGCACAGGUGUAGUACCUGAUAUAUAAGGUAGGACAGUAUAUAAGACCUAUUGAGCACAAAUAGAUUGUGAUGCUGAGAAUGAAUAUGCUUAUGCUUGUUUACUUUAUUGUUUAUGGCCACCUAUUGGCUGAGCGAGAAUUUCAAAUCCUUUAAGAGCGCCAUAGCCGGGCAGGGACUUUCAAAUGUUACAAAUCUCAAUCACCCAAUUGUGUUGGACCGUGAACAUGAGUUGACUUAUGCGAGUUGAGCACUUGGUGGGAAAAUCAUUUAUUAUUGAGCCCCAAAUAAUAAAGUUAGUAAUAUUGGCGCCCAACUCCAAAUCCCACACAAUUUGAUUAUUACUUGGAUUUAUCUGUCAAUACGUACACAUUUUGUUGAUAAAUUCAUUCGGUCCUUAGUGAGUGAGUCUUGUGAGCUAGUUCAGUGAUCAUGGAUGUGAAAGAGCUUUCGGACGAGGAGUUGGAUUACGAAUUAGAACUUCGACGUGUUCCAGAACCCAAAAAGUUAAGCAGGAAACGGAAAGUUGAUCAGUUUCGAGCGCUUAUGAGGCAGGAGCACAUCGAGCUAGUAUGUCCAACUUCAGCGCGACACUUUAUUUCGGACGAAGAAAAUAUCCACUAUUGCCAGCAAAAACUCCAGCGUUUGGGGUCUACACUCCUAAGGGCAUUCAACAACCAGGACGUAGCAGAACUGCAGAGGUGUCAAACUAAGUAUUACCACUACCGAGCAAGGAUAUCUCUUAUUACGGAUCCGCAUUAUGCUCCGUACACCAGGCAAGCGGAGAUGGUAAUCAAUGAUUCUUUGGAUCAAAUUGUGCAGUUCUUACAGAGUCUAACCAGCGUUUCGCCUCCGGACUUUUCUCGUGAAGACAUUCUUCCAGGGGAAGAAGAUGUGCUGAACAGGUUGAAGAACUCUCAACUUCAAUCCAGUGUGAAAGCAACAACACAAGGGGAACUUCAUCAGCAAGGUGUGCCUUUGAACUUAUCGCAUCGCAGUAAAACGGGAACUAUACCAAAAACGUCCGGGCAGCAGCAAGCAGAAAAUUAUCCACCACCACCAAAGAGAACACCGCAUCGUAUCGAUACAGAAGCACCCAGAGCCGAAAUUCCACGAGGGCAUUAUAAUGUUCUACCUCCUUUACCAGCACCAAGGCCUAGCUUGGAAAGGGUUCCUGAUCCGAACCGAGUUCAACAUCCUCCUUCUGUGAACAACCAGUCAACAGACGUACGAGAUGAAAUCAUCAGAUAUCUGCUCAACAACCGGAAUCAAGCGAAUGAAAGAAUGGAGCCGCAGACGCACAACAGUGGAAGAUCUACACCAAACAACAGGCAGCGGUUCAUCCAACCGGUGUACAAGUGGCCAUUCUCCUACGGAGGCAAUGAAAAUAUCUUGGAGCUGGCUGUGUUUCUUAAUCGGGUAAAGACGUAUGCUGAUACUGAAGACGUUGACGAUUUUUCGCUUUUGCGUGGAAUCAAGCACAUUUUGCGGGGACGUGCCCUGGAAUGGUACACCAGAAGCUACAAUCGAUUCAACACAUGGAUGGAAUUCAAGCGUCAGAUCAAGGCGGAAUUUUUGCCACCAAACUUUUCCCAGCUUAUAAAGCGUGACCUUUAUUGGAGGUUCCAAGGGCAAGAUGAAACCUUCUCAAAAUACUAUCACGACUUGCUUGCCUUGUUUGAGGUCCUUGAACCACCUUUAACUCCUCAAGAUCAGUUCUUCAUCGUUAAAUCUAACCUGAACUCAGAGUUUGCUGCAGUGGCGUCAGCUUCGCGGGUGUCUGAAGUAGCAGAACUGGUGGAAGUCUGCAAGGAUUAUGACCAUGCGAAGAACAAAUCCUCACAGAUUCCACGCACAGCUCUAAUAGAACCAAACCGAGCAACUCCCACCUAUUCGCGGAUAUCGAGACCAGGUACUUCUGGUUAUGCUUGGAAUCGUGCUCCUUUACAGCAGAACAGGACACAACAAGUGAACGUGGUCGAAGAAGAGGAACUACACAUUAAUCCACAGGUGUUGAUGCUACAAGACGGUAAUCAAGCAUACGAGCAGGAAGAUAAUACAGGAGAUAACCGGCCCUAUGCCGACGUUGGCAUCAUGGGAAGAAGUCUGAGAGGAUUAUUGGACAGUGGUGCAACAUGUAGUCUUCUAGGCGGUAAGCUCACGGAAAUUGUCUCCGAGGUGGGAUUAACGAAAUAUCCUGCCCAGGGAACGAUUAAAACUGCAGACAACACCAAACAUCCGGUUUCCUUUUAUGCGCUGAUUCCGAUGGAGUACAACCACAGGAAAGCAUCCCUUCCUAUCAUCUGCGUCGAAUCCAUGCCCGAUGUUCUUAUCCUAGGAAUAAACUUUUGGAAUCUCUUCGGCGUCAAGAUCAACGUCUGUGGAAUCGAGCUUUCUCCAGAUUCUGAUUUACGAACCGUCUAG